GUGUACCUCGGGUUACUUAUGCUGGUGUACUUGGUAUAUGUGCAAGUAAAUGUAAAAGUAUAUGUGAAACAGCUCAGAGAAAUGAAGAGCGAAGUUGGUCGCGCGCGGGAAUAUCGUCGGUUGUAUGUUUGACCCUUUUUGUGCUUGUGAUUUAUCCAGGAGAUUAUAUUGUGACUACUGGUGCGAGGAAACGUGUGUGUUGUUUUUUUUUUUACCGCCAACAAUAUAAUUACUAUACAUUGUGUGAACAAGUUUACUUUUUUAUAUAUAUACAUAUAUUACAUUAUUAAUUUUACGAUUGUGUGUAAAAGAAAACGAGUGAAAAAUGGCAACUUUGGCUGAGCAAGCAUCCAAACUAUUGGAUUUUAAUCAGAAGCUGGACAUAACGCUUCUUGAUAGUAUUGUCGUGUGUAUGUAUAAUGGAAUUGGUGAACAACAAAAAAUAGCACAGGAAGUCCUCACUACACUUAAGGAACAUCCUGAUGCUUGGACGCGUGUGGAUACUAUUUUAGAAUAUUCCCAGAAUCAAGAGACAAAAUUUUAUGCAUUACAAAUUUUGGAGCAAGUCAUUAAAACAAGAUGGAAAGUGCUACCAAGAAAUCAGUGCGAAGGCAUAAAGAAGUAUAUCGUAGGAUUGAUUAUUAAGACCAGUAGUGAUCCGGAAACAAUGGAAAAUUCCAGAGUUUACCUUAAUAAACUUAACAUUAUUCUUGUACAAAUAUUAAAACGUGAGUGGCCAAAGAAUUGGGAAUCCUUCAUCGGUGAUAUAGUUGGUGCAAGUAAAACAAAUGAAAGCUUAUGUCAAAACAACAUGGCAAUUCUUAAACUAUUAUCAGAAGAAGUGUUCGACUUUUCAAGCGGACAGAUGACACAGACAAAAGCAAAACAUCUUAAAGAUACAAUGUGCAGUGAAUUUUCACAAAUAUUUCAUCUGUGUCAGUUUGUGAUGGACAAUUCACCCAACGUACCACUUGUAGCAGUUACUCUCGAGACACUGCUGAGGUUUUUAAACUGGAUACCACUCGGUUAUAUAUUUGAAACGAAAUUAAUCACAACGUUGAUAUUUAAAUUUCUAAAUGUUCCGAUAUUUCGUAAUGUUACGCUUAAAUGUUUGAUUGAAAUAGCCGCCGUUACGGUGGCUAAUUAUGACAACAUGUUUGUGUUAUUGUUCACAAAUACAAUGCAACAAUUAGAAGAAAUGUUAUAUCCGACGACAAACAUCCGCGAUGCUUAUGCUUACGGUCAAGACGAUGAGCAAAAUUUUAUUCAAAACUUGGCAAUAUUUUUGUGCACAUUUUUAAAAGAACACGGCGCAUUGGUUGAGAAAAAAGAAUUGAAUGAAACCCUACUGAAGGCACUUCACUAUCUUGUGUUGAUAUCCGAAGUUGAAGAAGUUGAAAUAUUCAAAAUAUGUCUCGAGUACUGGAACAGUUUGGCCGCUGAUUUAUACCGGGAAAAUCCGUUUUUGUCAUCACCGCCAAUGAUUAAUCCGAAAAAUAAUAUGGCGAUACCACCUCGACGUGCAUUUUAUUGUCCAGUAUUGACUAAAGUCCGUUAUAUUAUGAUAAGUCGUAUGGCUAAGCCGGAAGAAGUAUUGGUAAUUGAGAAUGAAAAUGGUGAAGUUGUACGUGAAUUUAUGAAAGAUACUGAUUCUAUUAAUUUAUAUAAAAAUAUGCGCGAGACACUUGUUUAUUUAACGCAUUUAGAUUACGCAGAUACGGAAAAAGUUAUGACUGAAAAAUUACAGAAUCAAGUUAACGGAAGUGAAUGGUCAUGGAAAAAUUUAAAUACACUUUGUUGGGCAAUUGGUAGUAUUUCUGGUGCAAUGCACGAAGAAGAUGAAAAACGUUUUUUGGUAACAGUUAUUAAAGAAUUACUGGGUUUGUGUGAACAGAAAAAAGGCAAAGACAACAAGGCAAUUAUUGCUAGUAAUAUUAUGUAUGUUGUCGGACAAUAUCCGAGAUUUUUACGCGCCCACUGGAAGUUUUUGAAAACUGUUGUCAAUAAACUAUUUGAAUUUAUGCACGAAACACAUGACGGUGUACAGGACAUGGCUUGUGAUACAUUUAUUAAAAUAGCAUUAAAGUGUCGUAGACACUUUGUAACAACUCAAGUUGGCGAGUCAAUGCCAUUUAUUGAAGAAAUUUUGUCUACGAUCAGCAGCAUUAUUUGUGAUUUACAAACUCAACAGGUUCAUACAUUUUAUGAAGCCGUUGGUUAUAUGAUUAGUGCUCAGGUUGAUGACAUUGGACAGAAAGAACGAAUUGAACGUUACAUGCUGCUGCCAAAUCGAGUGUGGGAUGAUAUUAUUAGUCAGGCAUCGAAAAAUGUUGAUGUCCUAAAGGAUCCAGAAGCUGUCAAACAGCUUGGUAGCAUUCUCAAGACUAAUGUACGGGCGUGUAAAGCAUUAGGACACCCGUAUGUUAUACAGUUAGGAAGAAUAUACUUAGACAUGUUAAAUGUAUACAAGGUAAUGAGUGAAAAUAUAAGUGCUGCGAUAGCUUUAAAUGGUGAAGGUGUGACAAAGCAACCGUUGAUUAAAAGUAUGAGAGUUGUUAAAAAAGAAACAUUAAAAUUGAUCUCCGAUUGGAUUAGCAGAUCGAAUGAUCACCAAAUGGUUCUUGAAAAUUUCAUUCCACCUCUGCUGGACGCCGUGCUGUUGGAUUAUCAGAAGACAAAUGUACCGUGUGCGAGAGAAUCCGAAGUGCUGAGCGCAAUGGCCACAAUUGUUAAUAAAUUAGAGGGACACAUUACCAGCGAAGUGCCGAAAAUAUUUGACGCUGUGUUUGAAUGCACACUGGAGAUGAUAAACAAAGACUUUGAAGAGUUUCCUGAACACAGAACAAACUUUUUCCUUUUGCUGCAGGCCGUUAAUGUCCACUGCUUCCCGGCAUUCUUAUCAAUACCGCCUGCACAAUUUAAACUUGUACUUGAUUCAAUAAUAUGGGCGUUCAAACACACGAUGAGAAAUGUUGCUGACACGGGUUUGGCUAUUCUUUAUCAGUUGUUACAAAAUAUUGAACAACAUGAACAAGCUGCACAGAGUUUUUACCAGACAUACUUUACUGAAAUUCUUCAACAUAUAUUUAGUGUUGUCACUGACACCUCACAUACAGCUGGUUUAACAAUGCACGCAACUAUUUUGGCAUACAUGUUUACAUUAGUUGAAUUGGGAAGAAUUCUUGUACCACUUGGCCCAAUACCUGACAACAGACUUUAUGUACAAGAAUUUGUUGCCAGUUUAUUGAAAGCAGCCUUCCCACAUUUAACAGAUAAUCAGAUAAAAAUAACUGUCCAAGGACUGUUUAAUUUGGAUCAAGACAUACCGGCAUUCAAGGAACAUCUCAGAGAUUUCCUUGUACAAAUUAGAGAGUAUACUGGUGAAGAUGAUUCUGAUCUAUAUUUGGAAGAACGUGAGACGGCUUUACGAACCGCUCAAGAAGAAAAAAGGCGGCAACAAAUGGCUGUACCGGGUAUUAUUAAUCCUCAUGAAAUUCCAGAGGAGAUGCAGGACUGAAUUUUUACAUCCCCAUACCUCAUUAAUUCCUCCUGCACAUCUAAAACGAAAGACACUUUGUCGUAGAUUUAAUAACCAACAACAAUUCAUUUACAUUAUUAUUAUCAUCUGUAUUCUUUACCGUAAAUCAUUUUAAAUAUUAAAUUCAUUUAUAAAAUAAAAAAAAAAAAAAAACAAAAGUAAUAAUGGUUGCAGAUACUCGCGGAUAAUUUUAACGCUAGAGUGUCAUAAUAUCCUUGUUAAAGGAGGUAAGCCCGAAACGACGUGAUUGUUACUGGUAAAAAAAUAUAUACAUAUUAUAUAUAUAUAUAUUUAAUAAUGAAAUGGAAAAACGAAAAAAAAUAAUUUUUGUUUGUUAAUGAGUGCCUGAUUUUCUCUAAUAAUUCCACGUAAUUUAAACCGGUUUUCGUAAUUAAAUAAUAGUACUCCAGUAGUUUAUUAAUUGAUAAAAAAAAAAAAAAAAAAAAAUAAUAAAUAAAUACAGAAAUGCUGGAAAUAAUUUAAAAAGCACCAGGUAGCAUUAAGAUUUACUGCCACUGAUUUUUUCAUAAAAUUUAAAAAAUUAAAUAUAAAUACGUGACAUAAUUUUGUACUUCGUAAACAAGUUUAAUAAAAUGAAAAAAAAAAAAAACAAAAAAAAA